CGCUGGUUUCAAUGACUCUCAUCAAUCGCCAGAGUUAAUUACUUCUCGCCUAUUCCUGCCCUAAAACAAUCUAUUAUUUAAUAUGCCUCGCUCUAUGUCUCGACGCGCUUGUGACCGCUGUCACAACCUCAAGGAACGCUGUUACUGGGAGCAAGACACCGAAACCAGUUGUGCCCGCUGUCGUCGCUUGGGCUUCCAGUGCCUGAACAAACGUCCAUUAAAGAAAGCUGGCCGCCCGCGCUUAGCUGCAAAGCUAGUGCGAGUGUCGAUCACAAAAGGUCAUCGUGACUCGUCGUCACCAAGUCCUAAUGACACCGACCUCACUUGCCUGACCAGUCCAGUUCUCUCCCGCCCUCUAUCACCGUUCGAUGACCUCUCCACGUUAGAGAAACAGGUGUUUCAGAACUUGCUUCUCAGCGAUGCCUCAAUGGACCGUUGGCUGGUUGGCCCAAGCUUCAGGGAGAGACAUCGCCAGUUACUUGUCUCACACUUUAUCGCCUCGCGAUACACCUUGCGGGACGCUUUCCUUGCAGUAGCUCUAGCCAGCGAGUGUCAGUCAACUACUGAGUGUUACAAGUAUGCUUCAUUAGCACUGCAGAAGCUGCGAAACUACAGCGUGAGGACGGAAGAAGGUGUUUCGGAAUGCCUGGCCUUGGGAGGAUUGAUCAUAUCGUUUACCUACUAUUGCUCAGCAUCACCCAAUUCUGUGCCUAUAUGUAAACAGACUCUGGGUUUGGUGAGAGAAACAUACGAGUUGAGCCAUGAUUUGAAUCCCGACAAGCUGGUCUUCCUGUCCUGUCUCAUCCUACCCGAGAUCCUCAACUGUUUGAUGGCUGGGUCCCUCCCAUCUCUGAGGUUUCGGUAUUUGCCUGAAUUCGACCAUCAUGUCGAUCGUUACGUCGGAAUCUUUGCUCCAUUGCUCCCACAUCUGUACGAUAUUUGCGAAAUCAACAAUACUCUAUCCCUGGAUGAUAUGGAUGAUCUCCCCUAUAAGCUGGAGGCUCUGGGGGCUCUCGACCGAACUGAGCGACUCGUCAAAGCCUGGAAGCCACACUUAUCACGAAGCUUUUCUCAACACUCCUCUGCUGCCGAGGUCUCACAGAUACUUUGCCAGGCACAGGUUACAAAGCUGGGAGUUCUGCUCUUAGUACACCGACUGCGUCAUCCAUUUGGCACCAACAACGAACCAGCGAUUGCUGUGGCUACCUCUAUCCUGGAACAAUUGGACAUUAUACAAGCUGCCACCAAUAAAAGCGUUCUGAACAUUACACUACCUUUAAUAGCAGCGUGUUUCGAAGUGAGAGAUGAGGAACAGAGGGAGACAUGGUUCUCAAAGAUUCCCAGGCUAGUCGGCCAAUCGCCGGGAUUUUCAAAAUAUGUGCAGGGUGUCGUCAAGACGUUCUGGAAAGCACUGGACCAUUUUGGAACAAUGUCUUGGUAUAACAUCGAGCAUGUACUUUGUCUCUACGAACGAGAUGCUUGGCACUCUUUACGGCGCCUGAGAUGGGAGAACGAAACCAACAAUCCUGAUCUAUCCUCUCAGAGCCCUGUCGACCAAGGCCGAUAUAGCCAUACAUUCCUCGUCCCGCAUUGAACUAGUGGCUACUUGGAUGGAACAUGGUGCCCCCUCAGUCAACUCGGGGUCAUCUACCAAAGUUAGAACAUUUCCGGAAUAAAUAGUUGGGGCUAUGGACUACUCACAAGGAGGACCAGCUUGUCCAGCCUGUAUCUGGAACUCUGCACCUGGAAUGGGACUUGCAUUUUCAAAAGGAAUUACGCAAGCAGGGUACUGUAAAGCUGUCAGUGCUGAACUAUUAGCCGGGUUGAGAUGACUUGCGUUAAGGACAUUCAAGAAACAGGUAUAAGGUGGCACCCCAUAGUCGUCAUGUUUAACCGCCGUGUUCUGGGCAGCUGGCCCAAUGACAGCAUCAAGACCACGGGUUUCCCAUACUUUGCGCCAUCCUUCUAGCGCAGCUGCUUUCUUGGCGUUGAGGAACGACAGCCUUUCCAACGGGCUCAACAUCGUCAUGUCAGGGAGGUGGAUCUUCGCAACUCGCUUGAACUCGGAAUCGAUACGAUCUCGAGAUGGAAUGCGUGGUUCUCCUGAAUCGGACACAAUACGGCUUCCAGUCGAGUCUAGUCCAAAGAACCCCCAUGCAAUCUCGGUCAGUUCCGCAAUUUUGCAUUCCUCAGCAGCCAACUCCAUGACAACGUGUCCUGCAGCUCUCAGUUUCUUAACAGCUUGCGAAACGGCAUUUCGGACUGGUGGAUGAAGGGGAUAAGAGGGGUCUUCUGGGAGGACACCCAGCUUCAAUUUGCGCCCCAACAAGCUAGGCGUCUCUCUCCAAGGAACAUCUAUUGCUGUUGAGUCCAACCUGGCCGGACGGCUGUCGAGAAUCAACUUUGUUAAAGUCACCAUGCUCUCCAUGUCCUUAGAUAAUGGACCAGCGCACGCUAGAACAAAUUUGAGACCAGGAUCACUGCAGCCCUUUUGCCCUCCAUAAGGAAUUCGUCCGGCUGUUGGUUUGAAGCCGUAUGUCCCGCAGCAAAGAGCAGGAAUACGGAUGGAACCUAGAAUUUUAUGUGAACAAAGUCUGCUAAUAGCAAAUGGAUGAAGGGAACGACAUACCGGCUAUAUCAGUUCCAAUUCCAAUGGGAGAUCCCCGAAAAGCGACCAAUGCGCCCUCACCACCACUCGAACCUCCUGCGCCAAGAGCAGUGUUCCAUGGGUUCAGAACACGGCCGAAUAUGUUGUUAUGGGAGUCAGCUGUCUGUACAUUCUAUUAGCAUCCGAAAAGAAUCCUCCAAGGGCUGUUUGGGAUUUGCUUGCCAUCAUGGUUUGCGGAACAUUAGUUUUGACAAACGGAACUGCUCCGAGCGAAAUAAGAAUCUCCACAAGAGGGGAAUUGGUCUUGGAAUAAUCAUCGAGAUAGGCAACCAGACCGAUGGUAGCUUGAGUACCAGACACCUGGAGGCUGUCUUUGAGGCUGAUAGGGAGGCCAUGAAGAGGCCCAGCGAGCUUCCCACUUUCUCGUAGCUCAUCCAAAUGCCGAGCACGCGAUUCUGCUUCGUCAAAGAAGGUUUCAGUGAGGCAGUUGGUCUAUUUUAACGUCAGCAUGAACUUCGCACCAAGCCGAUGGUGAUAAAAAACCAGCUGUUGAGCAAUUGCUGCUCUCUUAGAGAACGCAGUAACAACCUGGACAGCCGUGAAAGCCCCAGCGGCCAGCUUCUCUAUGAGCUGCAUGGUGGUAAAUGAUUCAGUGAUGUCAAGCUCGAUCUCACUCAAAAUUCCAGAACGACGUGGAAUAUCAAGGGAAAUAAGAUUGUUCUUAUUUGAUUCGAGUGGUACCUUGAGUCCGUCCAUAAUAUGAGAGGGGAGCAGCCAUGCACUCGGAAUGGCUUUGGCCGAACGACUCCGCUUCUCCUCGGCCCGCGUCUCCCAUGUUGGGAGGGACUGAGUAGAGUCAGGGAAAGAGUCAGGCAUAGUUAAGAUGUUUGAAGAUUAUAUUGUCGUGGAAGGUUGAUUGUAUAGGAUAGCUAAUUGAAGUAAAUUCGAUCUGG